AUGCCGGUGCCGGAGUCAAUAAUACUAACGAAGAGGAAGGCGAAGGUCACCCGAGCUGCUUCUCCUUCCCCAAGCAAUCUCAAGCUCUUGCAGAGAAAGAGAAAGGCCAUCCGCUCUGCUUGGCCGUCCCAGCAAAGGGCGGGCCUUUUGAAGAGUCAGAGGAAGGGAGGCUACAGUAAAUUGGAUUGCUAUAAUCCUGACGAUCGGAUCAGUCAGCUGCAAGAGGAAAUACUCUUGCUUAUAUUGUCUUUCCUUACAAUCCAGGAAGCAGCUGUUACUAGUCUCCUUUCCACUAGAUGGAGGUACUUGUGGGCAUCUGUUCCUCGUCUAGACUUCAAUGCCUCAUUCUUCCCAAUUGAAUUAGAGUAUCUACUACCUGUCCACUUAACGCACAAAUAUGUUAGACGUGUUGGUAAGGUAGUUCGAUUGUACAAAGGCAACAGUUUGGAGGAGCUCAGACUUCAGUUUGGCCUAACUAUGAAGCAUAAGCGUUUUAUUGAUUGGUGUGUCAAGUUUGCUUUAUCUAAGCAAGUUAAGAAGCUGGAGUUGAACUUCAAUUUACCUUUUGAAAGAUCCAACAACUCUAAUAAGAAAAAGUUGUAUACUUUCGGAGUACGGGCAGUGGACCAAGCUACUCCUCAUGGUUCACCAACACGAGUUUGCAGGUGGUCAUCUUGUUAUUUUAAGUCACUCACUUCUCUAUGUUUGAGAUCUGUCAGUCUUAGUGGUGAUGUUCUGGACGGUCUGCUGUUAAAUUGUCCAGUUCUUGAAAUGCUAACUCUGCAGCAUGUGGAUGACUUGGAGUAUGUAAAAGUUGUUGGUCCAUCCUUGAGGUUGAAGCAUUUGGACAUAGAAAAAUGUUUUGGAUUGAAGAAAAUCGAGUUGUAUGAUGCAUCAAUAGUUUCAUUCAAGCGAUUGCAGUGUGAAGGGCAUCUCUUCAUGAGGAACCUUCCAUGCUUGAUCGACCUAUCUUUAACAACCUGGUCGAAGUUGACAAAUGAGCUUCAUGCGUUCUCUUCCUAUCUUGGCCAGCUGCAGCGUUUGAGGAUACUUGUUUAUCAUAUACUCAUGAGUGAUGAGGAGAUUCAACCAAUCUAUAAAUUAAGUAAUCUCCGAGAAUUGGAAAUAGCACAUAGUGUGGAGCUGGAUGGUGAUCUUCUUAGACUUCUACCUCUGAUUGAUUCAUCUCCUUACUUGGAAAAGAUUGUAAUACGGAUUCUCAACAGAAGCACAUUGGAAGAACGAACAAGUAGGAAGUUUAGGAAGGUUGAGACUUGUGUUGGCCUUGAGCACCUGAAGGUGGUCUCUGAUUGUUCAGUCAGUGUCCUAAUAGAUGAGAUGUUGAUGCUACCUGAAGGUUCGGGAGUUGGAUCUUCAACUCCAUUCUCUGCAACUCUCUGUUCUCCUAACAGUCAGUCCACCGAAGGACCUAACUUUAUUGCUUAUUCUUUUGGGAUGCGGAGCUCAAUAAUACUAUCCAAGAGGAAGAGAAAGGUCCCCGGUUCUGCUUCUACUUCCACACACAGUGUCAAGUUUGCCAAGAGAAAUAGAAAUGUCAUCGGCUCUGAUUCUUCUUCCCAGCAAAGUGUGGACCUUUUGAAGAUACAGAGAAAGGUAGUGCGAUUGUACAAAGGCAACAGCUUGGAGGAGUUCAGACUUCAGCUUGGAUUGUCCAAGAAGCAUAAGCGUUUUGUUGAUUGGUGUGUCAAAUUUGCUUUAUCUAAGCAAGUCAAGAAGCUGGAGUUGAACUUCAAUGGUCCACAUGAAGUAUGUAAUAGCAACGCGUAUCAUAAACAGUUGUAUACUUUUGGAGUAAGAGCUCUGAACCAGUCUACACCUCAUGGUUCAUCGACUCCAGUUUACAGGUGGUCACUCCGUCAGUUUAAGUCGCUCACCUCUCUAUGUUUGAGAUCUGUCAGUAUGUGUGGGGAUGUUCUAGAUGGUAUUCUGGUAAAUUGUCCGGUUCUUGAAAUACUGACACUACAGCACGUGGAUGACUUGGAGUAUGUAAGAGUUGUUGGUCCAUCCUUGAGGUUGAAGCAUUUGGCGAUAGAGCACUGCGAAGAGUUGACAAAAAUCGAGUUGUAUGAUGCUUCAAUAGUUUCAUUCAAGCGGUUUUCGUUUGCAGGGGAUCUUUUCAUGAGGAACCUUCCACACUUGGUUGAGCUUUCUUUAUCAACCUUUUUGAAGUUGGCAAAUGAGUUUCAUGCGUUCUCUUCAUAUCUUGGCCAGCUGGAGUGUUUGAGUAUAAUUGCUUAUCGUAUACGUCUGAAUGAUGAGGAGAUUCAACCAAUCUACAAAUUAAGUAAUCUCCUAGAAUUGGAAAUAGCACAUACUGUGGGGCUGAAUGAUGAUCUUCUUAUGCUAUUGCCAAUUAUUGAAGGAUCCCCUUACUUGCGAAAGAUUGCAAUACGGGUUCUCAAAGGAACAUCAUUGGAAGAGCGGACAGUGGAAGAUCGAAAAAGUAGGAAGUUUGUGAAGGUCAAGAGUUGCCUUGACCUUGCGCACCUAAAUGUUUUGAAACUGGCAGGGUAUCGAGGCCGUGCAACUGAGGAUGAGUUUAUCUCUUGUAUUAUAGAAAAUGCUGCAGCACUGCAUACCAUCAUCAUCGACCUGAAUUAUCAGUCAUCUGUGGAUGCUUUUUUUGGAAGAAGGGAGGAGAUUCACGAGGUAGAAGACUAUGUAAGGCGACAUGCCAAGGAGUGGCUUGAAGGGAUCAUACCAGCCCAUAUUCAGUUGAUCAUCGUUUAG